UGACAAGAGACGUGCUUGAGUGGGGGUGGAAUCAUAAGAAGACCAAGCGAUCCGCCUGAGGAGACUUCGUACUUCACAAGGCGACGGGCGUCCGCUGUGUCCACGAAGGGCCCGGCACGGGAGCUCCUGCGGAAGGCCGCCGUGUUCAAGCGUGGAUGCUCGGCCCUUCGCCAAACCAAUGCAGUCGCCGCCCUCCGUGUCGCCCGCCAUCCAGAGGAGACACACGCUUCCUGCCAGCGAGGUCAGGCCUCUCAACACGCAGGAUGCCGUCAGCGUGUUCGAGAUCGAGCGAGAAGCCUUCAUCUCCGUGUCGGGCGAGUGUCCCCUCCACCUGGAUGAAGUGCGUCACUUCCUGACUCUGUGUCCAGAACUCUCCAUGGGCUGGUUUGAGGAGGGCCGGCUGGUGGCCUUCAUCAUCGGCUCCCUGUGGGACGGCGACCGCCUCACCGCUGAGGCCCUGACCCUGCACAAGCCCCGCGGCUCCACGGUCCACAUCCACGUUCUGGCGGUCCACCGCACCUUCAGGCAGCAGGGCAAGGGUCCCAUCCUGAUGUGGCGCUACCUGCAGUACCUGCGCUGCCUGCCCAACGUGCGGCGAGCCGUGCUCAUGUGCGAGGACUUCCUGGUGCCCUUCUACCGCAAGUCCGGCUUCAAGGUGCUGGGCCGCUGUGCCAUCACCGUGGGCAGCCUGACCUUCAAGGAGAUGUGGUACCCCAUCAGCGGCCACGCCUACAUGAGACGGAACAGCGAGGCCAUCCGCUUCCCCAACACCCCCUUGACUGUCCCGCUGGCCAAGACGGAUGAAAACAUGGACGUAUGAUGUCAUCAGAUCACAUGAUGCUGGUUGCUUUCUAAUCAAUGACAGCGUCGUAGCCGCUAUUUGUCGUCUUUCCGUUAUCUCACACAUUCAUUGUGGGGGGGUGCAGUGGAUCCCCAGCUAUUUGUGGGGGCUAUUUUCAGAGACCACCAACCAAUAACAGUCUCCUUUUGGAACAUUUGCAAUAAAAGUGACUGACGACAUGAUUAGAUUAGAUUUAGCGUGGAACCCUCACCUUUUCUCUUUAAUUGCCAUUGUUUACUUGCAAUUAAGGACGCUAACAAGCUAAAUGCACAGAUUUAGGCCCUAAAUCUUGGGGGGGGGGGUACUCAGCACUCACCAGGACAGAUAGGUGCACCCUCUACCGCCCCCUAUGGGGUGGAUAGAAGCAAAGCAAUGAGAGACUAGCAUCACAAACUGACACCUCCAUCAAUGUAAACCAGGAAGCGAGGCCGUGGGGGGUGGGGGUGGGGGGAAGGGGGCAUGCAAAGAGACAGACAGCCUGUUUGAGGGCUAGUCAGGAACAAAUUUGAUUGGCCAAAAUGUGUAGGAAGGUUGUGGGAAUUGAACACAAUUGCAAGGCAUUGGAGGGAUUGGUUGAAUUUGCGAGAAUCGUUACUUGGUAAAACUGAGGAGGCAAAGGCGGUUAUGACAAAGGUUAUGUCGGAGCGCAAAGGGGGUGUUUGCUCAUGCCGGUAAAAAAAUCCUAAAUUGUGGCGUGAAGUGUUUUGGGUUUUUUUGUCUUUUAAAUUAGCGUUGAUCAAUGUGGGGGAUUAGCAAAAAAAAUGCUUCUUUCUGGAGAGAAAACGAAUAAAGAAAAUAAAUGAAUGACUAUUUUGGGCGAAUUCUGAAUAUAUAAACUAUGUAUGCCUCUUCAUUAGGUACACUUGCCCACUCAUAUUUGGAUUAAAUCUGGGACUGGACUGGGGGCCCUUUGCAUUUCAUAUGGCACAUUGUAAGAAUACAAGUUAAAAAAAAUAGUGAAAAAAUUAGCAAAAUAAGAUUGCAAAUGUUGGUACUAUUCACAGUAAUAAUAAUAAUAAUAAUGUUUUCAAUAGCAUAUUUAAAAUGAUGAAAUUGGCCCUACACCCUUUGAAUCUUCAGCCAGCUAUCUUAUGGAUAGAUAUUACUGUAGUAGUGGAAAAGAACGUGUACAUGAUGUUCUGUCCAGUAUUAUCAGUGUAUCACGUAUUGUGUACUCGUGUGUACACGUGUGUACACGGCCGUAAGCCGUCUUGUGGGUCAGUGAGCGGGCUUUAGCCUCUCGGUCACAGCUCCUUAGCGCUUGGAGGAUUUAGGAGAAGAUCCCGCUAAAUGACUAAACGAUGCAAGGAGUACCUACGUAUGUUCUAGCUUUCACGCUGGACUUUAGUCGUGCUAUUUGGUUGCCGUUGUUGCUGUGACAGCAAUAAAAUGUGCUCUUUUGAAGAUGAGAACGAUGCCAUCACCUGCCUGCU